GAAUAAAUUCCAUUGAUAUUCUCCUAUAAAAUAAGUUUAAAUACAAAAUUUCCAGUAAAAUCAGCUGAUAAUUGUCAUUUAUCUAUGAAGAGAUCCUGCCAACCCCAUCCUAAAUGAAUUUUGGGACAGCAUUAGCAUGGAUUCUCUACUUCCCAGUAUUUUCUGGAGUCAGUGAAGGUAAAACUGGAAUUCCAGGCAGCUGGAACACCUAAAAUUGAGAUGCUGGACCCAAUUCCAAUAGACUGGAAAAUGAAAUUCCCGUUAUUUCCUGGACUCAGUGCAGGCACAGCUGCAAUUCGAGGGAGCUGUCCUAGAACUGGACCACCUAAAAUGUAAUCCUGGAUGCAAUUCCAGUGGGCUGGAAUUAGGAAAUUCCCAAAUUCCCAGUAUUUUCUGGAGUCAGUGAUGGUAAAGCUGGAAUUCCAGGCAGCUGGAACACCUAAAAUUGAGAUGCUGGACCAAAUUGCAAUAGGCUGGAAAACGAAAUUCCUUAAUUCCCACUAUUUUGUGGAUUCAGUGGUGCCAGGGGCCUCUCCCAGAACCUCAACACCUAAAACUGAGCUCCCGCUUCCAACUCCAGCGGUCAGGAAAGUUCAAUUCCCUAAUUCCCGCUAUUUCCACACCUCAGCCAGGCCAGUCCCACAGCGCUCCUCCCUCCAUCCCUUCUUCUCCAGCCGUUCCCAACGGGAUUCUCCUCCCUCGAGGGCUCCUUUUACCCCUUCAAACCUCAAGCUCAGCAUUUCUUCUUCCUGCCGAAAAACCCCGGAGCGGGAGCGGGAAGGGGCGUGGAGAAAGCGGGAAUUUCCCUCAGCUGUCCCCGCCCGGAGCCGCCCCUGAGGGGAACGGUGCCCUGAGGGGAACGGUGCCCUGAGGGGAGCGGCGCCCUGAGGGAAAUGGCGGGAACGGCGCUUUCAAGGAUUCCUUGGAAUUUUCCCGCUCUCUGCUGGCUCCUGGCCGUGCCCAUUCCCGGUUCCCUGAGUCUGGAAUGCCGGGAGCACCAAUACCGCUUCCAUGAUAAAUGCUGCAGCGACUGCCCUCCCGGUGAGUGCCCGCCGCGGGGCUGGGAGAGCCGGGCUUCAGGGGAACAGCGAAUUUUUUCCUAUGCCGUGCCAGGGCGGGGCAGUGAGGAGGUGAAGCCGUGCGAGAGGAGCUCGGACCGGCGCUGCCAAUGCCGGGCGGGGUUCGCGCCCAGCGGGAAUGCUGAGGGCAGCGAGUGCUCCCGAUGUCCUGAAGGGACUUUCUCCAGAGGAGGGAACGAGAACUGCCAGCCUUGGACCAACUGCAGCUUUUUUGGGAAGACCACGCUCCGAGCUGGCUCGGCAACGGAGGAUGCCCUGUGCAGCAGCCCUGGCCUGGAUCCCAUUCCCACGGGAUUCCCGGAAAACAGGGAUCCCGUUCCCACGGCGUUCCCGGAAAACAGGGAUCCCGUUCCCACGGCGUUCCCGGAGAGCAGCUCCAACACGUCCGGUCCCAGGGAGAUUCCUGUGGUUUGUCGGGAUCCCGGCGGCCCCGCGGAGCCUGGCUGGGGUUCUUUGUCCCUGUUCCUGCUGUGCCUGGUCCUGCUGAUGGUGAGUGGAAUUUCCAUCCUGCUCCUGCUCAUCCAGGCAGCCCGGAAAAAAACCAGGAAUGGGCCUGGGAGGAGCAUCCAGCACAAUGAGGGGAGCUGCCGGAUUCCCGUCCAGGAGGAGCACCUGGAUCCCAAUUCCAGCCUCACCAAGAACUGAUCCUCUUCCUGGCCCUUCCCGGCCUCUCGGAGCCCGGGAAUUCCUGAGGAGUUAAUUGGAGGCCACUUGAACCCUUCCAUUAACUCAGCGUCUCCCUUGGGAAUUUGGGAGAAUUCCCGAGGGAAUUCUGGGGGGAAUUUUCCCCCCUCUUUGGGUGAAUCCUUG